AUGGCAGAGAAAGAACAAGUCAAGGCCUUAGCCCCGACACGGAACCGGAUCUACGUUGAUGACGAUGAAGCCAUAUCCAUGGAGUUGAAGGAUUACCACCGCGAUCAGAAAUGUAUCAAUUGCUGUGGCUGCUUCGCUGCAAUACUGUUAAUUCUAGCCGUGACCAUAUUAGUCCUCAUUUUCACUGUUUUCUACAUCAAAGACCCGAAAAUGAAAAUAAAUUCUAUGAAGAUUGAAGGGUUGGAUCGUGUCAACAUGACUAAUCUUCGUUCAGAUGAAAACUUAACCGUUUUAGCUGAAGUUUCUGUGAAGAACCCUAAUUCUUUACUACGAAGAUCAAAUCAUCGGUGUGGCUACGACUCCCCGGGGCUUGCCAGGGCUAGACGGACGAUUCGAAUUAACGUUACACUUGAAGUUAUUGUUGAAAACAUAUUGGAAGCUGUUCCGAAAAUUGGGAUUGCUUUGAGUUCUGGGGCGUUGCCUGUGAGGAGCUACACUAGCAUCAGUGGUCGAGUGCAGAUACUAGAGAUCUUUAAGAAAAAUGUUGUGAUGAAAAUGAAUUGCACCAUGAUUGUUAAUUUGAUAAGCCAGGAGGUUCAAGAUCAGAACUGCAAGCGUCGCAUUUCGCACUGA